CUAAAUUUCCAUUUAUUUAUGGAGAAAUCCUGCUGAGAAAGCCAUUUCCCCCAAUAGCUUUGCCUGUUGAAUUCCUGCCCGCCAGCAGGCCGAUGUCACAUGACCACUUCAUAAUGGUCGCCGCGGGUGAGCCCAGCUGCUCUAGGGGGCAUCCAGCACCCCAGAGAAGUCAGGGGCCACCCAGUCACCCACACCCCAACACCCAAAGGUACCAGGGCAAGAUGGCAGCCACUCGGAAAGGGAAGUUUUUCCCCCAGGAACCCUACUACAUCCCAGGGUACGGGGGCUUCUACCCCCAGGUCCGCUACCAGGUGGGCAAGCCCUACGGACGCAUCACCUGCGACAUCCUGACCGACCCCAGUGUCCAGAAAAGCCCCGUCUCUGUCCUGGCGCCGCUGACCAGGCCAAAAUUUGUCGGCGACUUCACCAGCCGGGACCGGCCUUUUCGCGAAUGCAUGGACCAGCACCAAAACUACAUCCCGGGUUAUUCCGGCUUUGUCCCUUACCAGGGUUGCAUUCCUCUUCCAGGCCGGGCGCAGCGUGCUACAUUUCCCCCAGAGGGCACCCGAUCGCCAACCGCCCCCCCUCCACCAAUGGGGGCGAGCAAGGCCGCCCCUUGCCACCCGGGGAUCCGCCUCGCCUGUGGACCCGGCUGGCGCCAGUUUGCCUCAUCGGCCGGCGCAGACUUGAACCCGGGGCCGAAGAUGUACCUGUGCCACCCGGACGUGGCACUGGUGUGCGGAAGGGAGCAGGACCGGGGACCGUGUGAUCCGGGGAUGUCCCUGAUUUGCGGUCAGGGCUGUAGGGCCGUCCCGUGUGGCGCAGGGAGCGAGGAGCCAACCCGGAUCGAGGCCACGCCCCUCCCGCCGGCCACCGAGACGACGGACGUCUGCCGCUUUGACCGCACCCCCAGGAUGGACGUACCCAACCUGAUCCAGCGGAAGGCCAUCUCGGGCUACACGGGCUACAUCCCUCGCUUCCCCUGGAUAAUGGGCGAAAACUACCUGACGGGGGUGAAGGACGCCAUGGACGAGUUUGACCGCAACCAGGAAAUGCUCAGGAGCCCCAUGUACAGCUUUGGGAAGCGCCUGCCCCGCACCUACUGGCCCAACACCAAGAUUUACACCAGUGGAGGCCUGAUGCCCUUCUACACCGGGUUUGUGCCCACAAUCCGCGACAACUACGCCCAAACCUUUGGCAACAGCACGCGCCAGGCUUACUUUGGUGAACUUCAGCGGAGGCAGCACGAGGGUUGAAAAGAGGCUUUUAAUGGCCACCCAAACAGCAGCGUUGACAGAUGACAUCACAACCACAGAAAAUCGAGGGAGAGAACUGUCUGGAGAGAAAACCAUGGAGGACCAAGGGGACCUUCUAGGAAACAAGGAAGAGCGUAGAGAGGUGCCUUCCAGGAAAGAGGAACUGGAAUCCAGGAGACGUCCAAGGGGUCCAUCAUUGGACUUCCAUUAUACGUGGUCCAUUAUUCAUGGUCCAGCAUUGGACUUCCAUGAGGAAGCAGACAUCCAGGAGAUCAGCAUGGCAGAACCAUGGAAAGAUGCCACCAAGCCUAGAGAGAACCGUGGAUUGAGGUGGUCAGAUCCGGGAAGAAUGGUAGAGGA